AUGCAAUAAUAAUUAACUUCUUAUGUUAUUUUAGAUCGUAAUCAAGAAUUUAAAGGAAUAGAGUUCUAAUUCAACCCUAGAAAGAUUGUUGUUGAAACAUCGAUCCUCUAGAAUCACUAUCAAAGUAUAUUGAUGCAGAUAAGCUAAAUGAAAUUCUCAGUAAUUAUUACAUUACUAGGAAGAUUACAAAAUUGAGGAUUCAAAAAAAGGAGAAGAAGGCAUGAAAUUGAAUUCGCAUAUUAAAUAUUAUGAUUUCUCUAGGCCUCCCACAGGUAUUCCUAAAAAGGCUUUCAGAGCAUAUAGUGCUAUAGCAAAGAAAAAGAAGUGA